GACGCGGUGUCCGAGGAGCAGUGAAGGCAGCAGCGCGGGCGCAUCCCACCUGAGCUGUACGCUACAGUGUACACAGACAAGAUGGCAGCUUCAGUGGAAGACGAGUUUGAAGACGCGCCCGAUGUGGAGCCGUUAGAACCAACACUGAAAAACAUCAUCGAGCAGAAGUCUUUGAAAUGGAUAUUUGUGGGUGGAAAGGGCGGUGUUGGUAAAACCACAUGCAGUUGCAGUUUGGCUGUGCAGCUCGCUUCGGUCAGGGAGAGUGUCCUGAUCAUCUCCACCGAUCCAGCUCAUAACAUCUCCGAUGCUUUUGACCAGAAGUUCUCCAAGGUGCCCACAAAGGUCAUGGGCUAUGACAACCUCUUUGCAAUGGAGAUUGACCCAAGCCUGGGUGUGGCAGAGCUGCCUGAUGAGUUCUUUGAGGAGGACAACAUGCUCAGCAUGGGUAAGAAGAUGAUGCAGGAGGCCAUGAGUGCCUUCCCUGGCAUCGACGAGGCCAUGAGCUAUGCGGAGGUCAUGAGGUUAGUGAAAGGCAUGAACUUCUCAGUGGUGGUCUUUGACACUGCCCCAACUGGUCACACACUCCGGCUGCUCAACUUUCCCACCAUUGUGGAGCGUGGUCUGGGCCGCCUCAUGCAGAUAAAGAACCAGAUCAGCCCUUUCAUCUCCCAGAUGUGUAACAUGCUCGGUCUGGGGGACAUGAAUGCAGACCAGCUGGCCUCUAAGCUGGAGGAGACCCUGCCAGUCAUCCGCUCAGUCAGUGAGCAGUUCAAAGAUCCUGAACAGACAACCUUCAUCUGUGUGUGCAUCGCUGAGUUCCUCUCUCUGUAUGAGACGGAGCGGCUCAUCCAAGAGCUGGCCAAGUGCCGCAUCGACACGCACAACAUCAUCGUCAAUCAACUGGUUUUCCCUGAAUCCGAGAGGCCGUGCAAAAUGUGUGAAGCCCGCCACAAAAUUCAGUCCAAAUAUUUAGAUCAGAUGGAGGACCUUUAUGAAGACUUCCACAUAGUCAAGUUACCGCUGCUGCCCCAUGAAGUUCGAGGGGCUGAAAAGGUCAACACGUUCUCCCAGCAACUUCUGGAACCCUACAAACCCCCAAACAAGUGAACUGCCUCCCUGCAGGACCUCCCCUCUCCCUCCUGCAAACCACACCUUUACAGUCUGAACUCGCCUCCUCCGAGCUCCACCCCCAACCUGCCUCAAAUCCUGCAGUAACAGCCUCACGUUGAUUCACUCACUCCUCAGUCCGUCAUCCCAAGCAGAGCACUGCGACACCAGGACACAUGUCCUUGUUGAAGGGGAGCUGAUGAAAUCAAACACACACACAUACGUAACCUUCUGUAUUGUUACAGAAGUAAGACGGUACAGAUUUGUGCUGCCUUACUUUCAGUUCACCUCCACUUUCCUUCAUGUCCUCUGUGUGGCAGUUGUACUUUUCCUACUUGAAGCAUUUAACUUUCUCUUUUUCCAAAAAAACUUUCCCUCGUCUAUCAUUCGCAGUCAGGCCUCAGUUGUGAAAGCAAAGUGUUUCCAGGAUAAAUCAGCUUUCAGAUGGUUGGUGUUAAUGCUUUGUUUAUUCUGUGUGGUUUGGUGACUGUGUAAAUUCUCCAGUUUGACUUUUGACCAAAAUUGAAUGCAAAUUCAACUCUCACACGUCUGGAACUGACAUCAAAAUGUCAAGAUUCAGAGUUUGAUGGCAAGGCAAUGAAAAUAGAUAAUUUCCCCAAAAUAUGAAAUAAGAAAUUCAGAUCAGUCUGUAGUGUGCAUUUUACCAUGUGUCAAAUGAUUAGAUCUCACAUCACCAUAUGAUCCUGGUGUAAAUUCAGUAACUUAAUGCCAAUGAGAUUUUGAAUCAACUCAAGUUGGGAGUUAUAUAUCUAUAUAUGGCGAUGUCAUUGUUUGAACUGGACAGUCUUAAUGGCUUCUGUUAAAUAUUUUAGGCCACUGCGGCUGCUUCAGGUGGUAUUUGGUUGGAGACGACACUAGUUUGAUGAGAUUCAAAAGACAAAAUGUGUGAGCGGCUGGAAGAUAAAGUUAGUCACAACUGAAGUCCCGCUACCCAAAGGUUCCCCAUACAAACACUCGGUCAAACUUUUUGUGUCCACCCUGUUUACAGACGACUGUAUGGGAACACUAUUGAAAUACAUUAGUAGCCUUAUUCUUAGUGCAUUAUUAAUAAUAAAUAUAUUGAAUGUUGCUCGAUCAAAUAUGGAACAAAUGACUGGUGAGUUGUUCCAGUAAAAUCACAGCAUCUUUCCUCUGGUGAUUACAUUCUGGACUCUUGAUUGGUUAACAGGUUGUUACAUCCUCAAGGAAAUGCAUAAUUACCCCCUUCCUGUCACUGGAUGCUUUUUGUUCAAUAAUCUGUUUUCUAUAGAUUUUCUUUUAUGUUGCGAGUGUUAAUUAAAAAACUAAAAUUGCCUCAGC